AUGCCCUUGCCGGCUUCUCUGGCCUUUUAUCUCUUGCUCCAGUCUGGAGAGGAGUGGGACUGCCUGCGUGCCUGCCAGGAGCAGAUCGAAGCUGCCCUCAGGGAGAGCCUCAGGGAAGCUGCUCAGACAGCCCCCAGCCCCGUGCCCAAAGCCCCCCGGGGCUCUAGCAGCCAGGGGCCCAGUCAGACCAGCACUCCCACAGAUGUCACAGCCAUCCACCUGUAGCUUGGGACAGGCCCCCUCAGGUGGCCACCACGCAGAGGAGGGGCCCCUGCCACCCCCUCCCUGCCUCUAGGAACAAUUCAUGCCAUAUCUGAAGCCCGAGGGGGGCUCUUUUUCCCCUCACAAAGCCCAAGGGGCCAGGUCCUGCCUAUCCCCACAGUGUGCACUAAGGGGCUGCUUGGUCAUGAGGGUGUCGACAUGGCCAGUCAGUUCCUCUUCCUUCCCACUCAACCAGCUUGGCUGUCCUGGGCCAUGAUGGUCAGAGAGAUACAAACAGGUAGAACCCACACACCAGCAUUUCCUUUGAGUCCCUCCUCUGUCUGGGGCGCCGAUCCUUUCAGUUGCCAAAACUGCCCCAGUACCUUCCAAAGGUGUUGUUGCCCCUCGCAGGGUCACUGCAUUUGGAUCUGGGUCCUUCAGAAAUCCCGAUAGACGCCUAUGAGGAGCCAACCUAGAUGGCCGCUGUGUAAUCCCUACUCCAGCUGCUCUUAGCAGGAACAGCCUAGGCCUUGGCUAGAAGAGCGAGCGCCCGUAAACUGUUGCUUUGCUUCCUGCUAUGCUUCUGUGGUUGAGGGUCUUGAGGGUGCUGAUGGUCAUUUUAAUUUAUUGCUUUGAAUACAACUGUAAGAGGGUACAGUGAGGCCCGUACCCCACAAGUGGUGGUAACCCUGGCGGUUGCUGUUUCCCUCCCCUCUGCUACCGCUUUGUGGCCCAGGAGCUGCUACAGCCUGGGAGGGGGUCCUGCCUUCCUCUCCGUAGCCCUCCAGCUCAUCUUCAGCGGGGAGGGUUUAGUAGGGAUGGAUGCCGUGGAGGUGACUGGGCUAUCCGGAGAGAGGGCGAGCCCCAUGGACACAGGUCUUUCCUCAGGCCACAAGGUUUGGGCUGGUGGCCCAUUUCUAUCAUGCUGCCUUAAUAAAGAUUUCAGAAUAAA